UUUUAAAACUGGUGAAUGCCAUGUUUAGGCCAUGGGGCUUUAGGCUCCCAAGGAGGAACAUGAGGUGUUGAUCUUCCAGUUUGCUGUUGGUGUUAUUGUGACAGUGGAGAAGGCCUAGGAUGGAAUGUUACUGUGGGAGUGGGAGGGGAAGCAAAUGGUUGGUGUUUCUCACAUUGAGUGCAGAUGCUCUACAAAACGGUCUGAGUCUAUGCUUGGUCUCACCGUAGAGGUCACAUUGGGAGCAGCAGUUACAAAAGACCAAGUUGACGGAUGUACAGUGAACCUCUGAUAUGAAAGGUUUGUUUUGGGUCUUGAAUGGAGGUGGAGGGGGAGGUGUGCGGGGCGAUAAAAGGGCAGGUGAAGCACUUGCUACGGAAGGUUCCUACCUUCCCCAACUCCACCUCUCCUUUUAUUUAUUUCCCAGCUCCCUUCCCACUCCCUAUUUGAACAAGAACAAAGAAAAUUACAGCACAUGAACAGGCCGUUUUGAUCCUCCAAGCCUGCACCAACUGGCUGCCCGUCACAAAAACCCCUCAACCCCUCUGGGGACUGUGUUCCUAUAUUCACAUCCUAUUCAUUCAUUUGUCAAGACGUCCUUUAAAAUCAUUAUUGUAUCUGCUUCCACUAUCCCCAGCGGCUGAGAGUUCCAGGCACCCACGACCCUCUGGUUUUUAAAAAAAAUUGCCUUGGACAUUACCUUUAAACUUUGCUCCUUGCACCUUAAACGGAUGGUCUUAGUGGGAUAAAGCUUCUCCCUAUCAGUAUUCUGAAGGGCUCUGCCAUUUACUGUAUAUUUUCCAUCUGGAUUAGACCUUCCAAAAUGCAUUGUCACAUUUUUACAGAUUAAACUCUUAUCUGCUAUCUUGCUGCCCAAGUUGCUAACUGAUCUAUAUCCAGCUUGUAUACUUUGACAGUCCUCCUUACUAUCUGCAAUUCCGCCAGUCUGUCAUUGGCAAACUACUAAUCAGACUAGUCACACGUUUCCUCUAAAUCAAUUUUAUAUAUGCAUAUAUAGCAAAGAUCCCAACAUUGGUCCCUGAGGAACACCAUUAGUCAUAGCCCUCCAUUCAGAAACAUACCCUUCCACUGCUACCCUCUGUCUUCCAUGACAGGCAGUUUUUUAUCCAUCUUGCAAGCUUGCCUCUGACCCCGUGCACCUUUACCUUCUGUAUUGUCUUGCCAUGAGCGACCUUCUCAAAGGCCUUAUUGAAGGUCAUGUAGAUAACAUCUGUUGCUGUACAUCACUCACUCCAAAAAAACUCAACCAAGUAAAUGAGUCACAGCCUCCCCUUAACACAACCUUGUUGCCUCUUGCUAAUAUGCCACUUAUUUCCAAAUGGGAGUUCGCUUGACGACAGCUCCUCCGCAAACCACCAUCUGGAAGCAGUGACUGCAGUUAUGCAGAUCUUCUCCGUGUCAGAGUGUCAUCACCUCUCUGCCUGUCUUUGUCAUCUGCACACUUAGCCAGAAUGCCCUCGGUUUUUCCAUCUAGAUCAUUAAUGUAUAGAAUGAAAAGUUGUGGCCCCAACACUGACUGUUGUGGAACAGCAGUAGUCGCUGGUUGCCUUCCUGGCUUGUUUCAUCUUCAAAGAACUCCCACAACCAAUCAAACAUGACCCAUUCCCCGUGAAACCAUGCUGGCCCUGAUGGACUCAGUAUUCAAAAUGUCUUGCUACUACUACUCCAACAAUCUUCCAAUGACACCUGUCAAACCAACUAAACUGUAGUUUCCUCCCUCUCCUUUCUGAACAAGGGGUCAUGGGAUCCCCAGAGGAAAACAAGGAACUGCAGAUGCUGGAAACCCAAAACUGAAACUGCUGGAGAAACUCAGUGGAUCAGGCAGCAUCUGAGGAGGGAGAAAGCAGAGCCAACGCUUCAAACUUUCCAAAGAAGGGUCACUGGAUCUGCCCACUAACCCCCUGCCAGACAUGCCGAGCCCCUCCCUGGCAACCUCCAACCUUGCCUCUUGACUUGCAACAUCAGCUCCCUAUCUUUGAAGAUCCCACGACACCCCACCCAGAAAGGAGGAAACUGCAGCCUACUCUAUCUAGCAACUGUCAUCAGGAAGCUGCCAGAAUCCACCACCAAGGAAUCAAGAAGAGGACAUAGCCAAAACCCAUCAGAGCCAGUGCGGCCUCACAAAGGACGAACCAUGCUCGACCAACCUGCUAGGGUUCUCUGAAGAUGUAACAAGUCAGGUGGAUAAUGGGGAUCCUGGAGAUAUAGUAUAUCUGGACUUGGAGUAGGCACUUGAUAAGGUGCCUUUCUCAUAGAAUUGGCUUAACUUGGUGCCUCAGUGAUUGUUAUGCCAGUGUGGCAUUGGGAAGUCCCUUCUGAAUAUUUCCUACCUUAGAGUAGGACCUAGACAUUAGCAUCACAUUUUGGGCCUGCAUACUCCUGACUUUGCCAAUUGGCAAUGUCGUGGUUGGUGUGCCUGGGCAGAACUCUGGUGAUUGGCAGCAUCAUGGAAGCAGUUGGGAGGUCAGAAUGGCACUGGAGCAGGUCUAGAGCAGCCUGUGGUGUGAUGACUGACAAUGAGACAGCAGCACAGAGGUCAUUAGAUUGCCAAAGCAGGGGAGAGGGGAUGGCAUUCAGCAGCAAGAUGGUAGCAUGGAGUGACGAGGGCUUGAUAUCUCAAUUUCGCUGAAAGGUAAUGUGAAGUGACUGUAGGCCCAUUGUUAAAGAAGGACUGUAAUUUUUAACUAUAACUUAGAACCAAAAAAACCAAAGCAGCAUGGGAACAGGCCCUUUAGGUCUCCAAGUCUGUGCUGAUACAUUUUGCUCUUUCAUCCUAAAACCGUCUUGACUUGUAGGAUCCAUGCCCCUCCAUUCCCUUAUUUAUGUAUUUGUCCAGGUGCUUUUUGAAUGCUACUGCUUUAUACUGACUAACUAUAACAUGAACUUUUAACUUGUUGUUUUUCUACUUUUUUUUAACCUAAGAGUUUGUACCCAGGUACUUGAACCUAAGAUGAUACCUUGAAUGGCGACUUGUAAACUUUUUCACAGUACUCCUGUACUUGAGUAUUCGUGACAGUGAAAUCUAAUUCUAAUAAUGGAUUACACCACUGGAUAAAGAAGGUAUUCUUUUUAGAGGGAAGGCUAGUCCCAGCUGAUGUAAACAAAAUGAAAUCUUCCUUUCAGGCUGGUGGUGAGAACCUUCCUUUGGAUGAGAAUGACUUGAUUAUACCAAGUGACACUGAUUUUCUUGACACCUGGGAGGGUAUGGAAGAUUUAGUUGAUGAAGGAUUGGUUAGAGCUAUUGGACUGUCCAACUUUAAUGAAGAGCAGAUUGGUCGGAUCCUUAAUAAACCAAAUCUGAAACACAAACCAGCAGUCAAUCAGAUUGAAUGCCACCCUUACCUGACUCAAGAAGAUCUGAUUUCCUAUUGCCAUUCAAAUGGCAUUGUAGUGACUGCCUAUAGCCCACUGGGAUCUCCAGAUAGACCGUGGGCAAAAAAUGAUGAUCCUACACUUCUUGAGGAACCUGUUCUCCAAAAUAUAGCUCGAAGGCAUGGUAAAACAACAGCACAAGUCUUGAUCCGUUUCCAGAUCCAGAGAGGUCUGAUUGUAAUCCCAAAAUCUGUUACCAAAAGUCGCAUUUGGGAAAAUUUCCAGGUUCUUGAUUUUGAGUUGAGUGAUGAGGAAAUGAAGACUAUCCUCUCCUUCAACAGAGACUGGCGAUACUGUCCAAUGCAUUGGUGUGUUGGGCAUAAGGAUUACCCAUUCAAACAUUAAAUAUGCCCAGAUGGGACAUUCCAAUCAUGUUCCUGAUGAUUUGUGGCUUCUGUUUGUUUGAUUCGGCUUGAACAGCAGAAUUGAACUAAUAUAAUCUUAGAACAACUGAAACUACUUAAUGGUGUAUUUUAGAAGGUUUUUAGUGACUUGUGUUUUUUUUAGUUUAUGUCCAGAGUGAACAAUUGAAGAGUGUCACUUGUGUAAUGUAUUGUGAUAUGUCUUAGAAGCUACUUGACUGUAUUAUGUCCCUGAUGCAAAUAAAAAUGUUUCAAUUCUA